AUGCGGCCAACCCGUAGUAUUGCCCAGUUGGCCUUGUGCCUGUAUGCCAUGGCUCCCUUGGCUUCCGCAUGGCCACAAUGGAUGCCCGAACAAGAUUCGCUCUACGUUCGUGCGGACGAAUCAUCUGCGGCCUCACAACCAGCUUCCGUCUCAGCUACGGCCACUGGCGAAGCAUCCAGGACCGGAGGGAACUCGCUCAAUACAGCCAAACCCGAAGAAUCAGAGGCAGAACAAACUGGAUCCCAAACUGGCUCCCAGACCGAUGGAUCCAAGACGACAUCGGGAGCCAGUGGCUCAUCGAAGGGAACCGAUUCCGCAAAGAAGACCACCUACGGCAACACCAUUUUCGCCGGCGGUGUGAAGAUGAUGACCCCGGACCCGACGAAGACUGCAAGCGCCCUUUUCAAGAUCGGAGACACCGUAACUCUUGGCUGGAACUACACAAGUGUCAAGGCGGCGCCGACUGCCAUUGAUGUGCUGCUUAGCUGCAAGUCCAAGUCGGCGACUUGGACCCUGACUGGAAACAUGACCUACGAGACCAAGGUUGAAUACAUCUGGGAUACCAACAAGCAGGCCAACGAUGGCAGUAACCCUCUUGGAACCGACCAGUACACCCUCAUCGUCAAGGAUUCAGAGGCUCAAAUCACCGAUAGCCCGCAGCCGGGAUACCUCAAUGUCGUCAGUGCCCUCACCUUCGGAAUGUACACGCCCCAGGCCUACACACCUUACGCAGACUGGAAGUGUAAUGCAUGCAGCUCUGCACCCCCAACUCUCGACCUGGGGGCUGUGAAACUUGCAAUGACCAUGUCGCUCAUCACGCUCCUCAGCUUCACCUGGUUCGUUGCUGGUCUGUGA